UGUUGUUUCGGCAGACAAGUACUAAUGGAAGUUGGAUCGAAUGCCCUAGUGGAGUUCUGGAGUGGACGGGGAGUCCAUGUCACGGUGUCGGUGAGCUUCGCACUGCAGGUCACGCUUCUCCUCUUGGCAGAUAUUCGUCGACGCACAGACUGGUCCGUGCUAAAGGUCAUCAUUUGGUCAGCAUACAUGCUGGCCGACACCGCCGCCAUAUACGCCCUGGGUCACCUGUCCGUUGUUGUCACUGUGUCCGAGCACCGUCUUAUGGUGCUCUGGGCGCCACUGUUACUGGUGCACCUUGGCGGCCAAGAUAACAUCACCGCCUAUGCCAUAGAGGACAACCAGCUGUGGCUCCGUCACCUGCAGGCUUUCGGAGUGCAGGUCUUUGCAGCUGGCUACGUGUUGUAUGCCUCUUCCGUUCUCUUGCAACCAUCCUUGCUCCGCUCGGCCGCCAUCCUCAUUUAUGUGGUCGGGCUUCUCAAGUAUGGGGAAAGAUUGUGGGCGCUCAUUGCUGCCAAUAAUAGUUGUGCCAGUAGCAGCCUAUCCAUCACCAGCUACAUGGAUUUUGGUGCUCAGCAGGCAGUUGGUUUUCCUGCAGAUCACAAUCAAGCUGGGUUUAUCGAAGAUGAAUGCGACGAGCUAGUCCUAGCUUACUCACUGUUGGACAUUCCCAAGAAAAUGUUCGAGGGGCCGACAGCUUAUGUGAAGAUUCAGAAUGAGACAAGUUACGACAGAGACUUCAUGCUGAAAGUGGUCGAGUUGCAGCUCACGAUGAUGUACGACCUCUUGUACACCAAGGCUGCGGUGAUGCACACCCGGUAUGGCUUUGUCGUCCGUCUCAUCUCGCUGCCUUUCACUGUGGCUGCACUCCAGUUGUUUAAUGCAAUGAGGGCCGAAGAUGAUUACAGAAGAGCAGAUGUCAUUGUGACCAAAGUUUUACUCACCGGUGCAGUUUUCCUGGAGGCCAUUUCAGUGUUGAGGGUCAUUUUCUCCAUCUGGACAGCCGCACUGCUGUAUGAAAGAAAGUGGUAUUCUCUUGGCAAAGUGGCUCACGUAACUGAAGGGGUCAUCACUAUUUUACUCUCGACGAUUGUAAGAAGUAAUGAAGCCUACUGGUCAGCCCACAUGCGCCAACAUAGCUUGUUUAAGGUGUCCCAUCACACUAACCACAGAAGAGGCAGUAGAAUCGCAAAAAAAAUGGGACUGGAGGACCUGUGGGAUUCAACGUUCUACUCAUGGUCCACUAGUGUCCCCGAAGAUAUCAUUCGCAAGGUGUUGGUCCUAGUGUCGACAACUGAAGCCAGACAGGUGGUUCCAACUGAAGCCAGACAGGUUGUUCCAACUGAAGCCAGGAAUUCAACGUACUACACAUGGACCACUCUUGAUAGGGGAACCAGAGCUAGGCAGGGUGUUCUGUCUGAUGGUGCUGGAACUGAAGCCCGGCAGGGUGUUCGGUCUAAUGGUGCUGGGACUGAAGCCCGGCGUGGUGUUCUGUCUGAUGGUGCUGGAACUGAAGCCCGGCAGGGUGUUCGGUCUAAUGGUGCUGGGACUGAAGCCCGGCGUGGUGUUUGGUCUAAUGGUGCUGGAACUGAAGCCCGGCAGGGUGUUCGGUCUAAUGGUACUGGAACCGAAGCCCGGCAGGGUGUUGGUACUGGAGCCGAAGCCAGGCUGGGUGUUCCACCUGAUCGUACUGGAACUGAAGCCGGGCAGGGUGGUCAAUCUAAUGGUACUGGAACCGAAGCUAUGCAGAUUGGCAUGGCGAAAUCACGGGGCCAGGAUGCCGUAAAGAGACACAACCUCUCCUUAGGGAAGGACCUGGCACUGGCAUGGAGCGUGGAACUGGAGCUGGAUGAGAGCAUCCUCGUGUGGCACAUCGCCACUCAUGUCUACCUCCAGGAGCUCUCGACGAAUGUUAUUGGCCAACAGAGAUAUAUUUUGGAACGUAACCACAUGCUGAAACGUGUUGAGGCAAUAGAGGCUCUCUGCAAUUACAUGUUUUACCUGCUGGUCGCCCGCCCCUACAUGCUGCCUUACCCUGUUACUCGUCAGAAGUAUGUCCAGCUGUGUCAUGAUUCCAACACUCAUCUGAAGACACGCGACGAUGCCAAGGACCUGCUCAGUGCCAUAUUGGAACAGGAGAAACCUUUGCUCGGAGGAUCUCCAAUUAAACCAAAUAGUGACGGAGACAUUAUUGGUGUGUCUCAGAGCAGUAAAACUGCUGAGACAGCGGUCAAUAAUACAGGGGUCAGACGAACUCCUAUGCCGGCGUUCAAGAAUACAGGGGUCAGACGAACUCCUAUGCCGGCGUUCAAGAAUAUAGGGGUCGGAGGAACUGCUCAGCCGGCAGUCAAUAAUACAAGGAUCGGAGGAAAUGCUCAGCCGCCGGUCAAUAAUACAGGGGUCGGAGGAACUGGUGUCUCUCAAAGCCAAGAAACAAGUGACGAAGUCAUUGGUGUGUCUAGACCGCCGGUCAAUAAUACAUGGUUCGGUGUUUUUAAAAAAAAGGUAACAACAAAUUGUUCAUGGUUCGGAGGAACUGUUCAGCCUCCGGUCAAUAAUACAACGGGCGGAGAAACUGCUCAGCCUUCUAUCAACAGCACACUUGACAAGGGAUGUAAGCUUGCAGCACAGCUGGUCAACACAACGCAAAGAGAUGAUGUGGAUGCUGUUCGCUUCCUCGAGAUGGUCUUUGAAGUGUGGGUGGAGAUGCUAUGCUACACGGCCUACAACUGCGACGAGAAAUCUCAUGCCAAAAACCUGACAAACGGUGGUGAGCUCAUGACCAUCGUUGCUCUUAUGAUGGUAUACAAGUCAAAUGGUUUUAUCAAGACAGAGAAUAGUGGUGCCACAGCUGGCACUAGUUCUUCGUCAUAAUUCGACCAAGUAGUACAUGUGCUGCUGCCAAAUUGGAUUGGGGUGCACGCAUCUAUCUUUUGAAACAAGUCUACAUCUCCAACGGUAUUUACUAUGCAUGCAGUCGUCUCGAAUAAUCGCUUGCUUCUUGCUGUUUUUAAUUCAAUCAAGUUCUCGUUGAUGAUGAUUUGCACUGGACAGAUCGUCCUAUGUAUGUACGGGGUUGUACCAGGUUUCAUUUCCACUGAAUUUUCUAUUUUCUGCAGCUGCUCCACGAACAAAGUUGUAAAACAAAUAUCUAUUUGUACUCUAUUUCAUAUAAGACCUAU